UACGAGCACGCGGUGCCCUCGCCGGAUCUGAACAAGAACAACGGGUGGUUCAUUUACCCGGGGGUCCAGACCACCUACAUCUUCAUCCUCUUCAUCUCCUGGCUCCUUAUCCUUUCCAUCUUCGACGAGGGCAUCUCCCGUGCCAAGAUGGUGCUCGCGCAGCUGGCGGGAGCAUCUCCCGCGCGCUCGCGCAGAUGAGCAACGCCAUGAUGAUCGACGAGAAGGUGCUCGGGGAGUGCCUCAACGAGAUCUCUCACGCGCUCCUGCAGUCCGAUGUCCGGAAGAUCGUCAACCUCGAGACCCUCGCCGCCGGCACCAACAAGUGGCGCAUCAUACAGCAGGCCGUCUUCACGGAGCUCUGCAACAUGCUGGAUCCAGGGAAGCUGGCCUUCAACCCCAAGAAGGGCAAGUCCAGCGUCGUCAUGUUUGUCGGAUUGCAGGGCCAGUCUGACUCACCAACCAACCUUGCAUGCUUGCUCUGUUUAUUGUUCUACACCUAUUACUGA